AGUAAGAAAGAUCAUCCUUUUUAAGAAAGGAAUUGUCUCGUGCAUUAGCAGCUUUCUACGAGACAAUUCUUUUCUCCAAAAAUGAAGAUCACCGUGAAGUCGUCAAAGGCCGUCAAGCCCGCCAACGGCCCCGCCGCCGCCCCGGACGUCGUGCCGCUCUCGGUGUUCGACAAGGUGAACUUCGACACGUACGUCUCCGUCAUCUACGUCUUCCGCCCACCGACGCCGCCUAACGCCGCGCUCGAGGCGGGCCUCGCCAGGGCGCUCGCCGAGUACCCCGAGUGGGCGGGACGGCUCGGCGUGGACGGCCGCGGGAACCGGGCCAUCCUCCUCAACGGCGAGGGCGCGCGGCUCGUGGAGGCCACGGCGGACGUCGCCCUCGACGCCGUCCUGCCGCUGAGCCCGGCGCCGGAGGUGAGGAGCCUGCACCCGAGCGAGGACGGCGCCGAGGAGGUCAUGCUCGUCCAGCUCACGCGGUUCGCGUGCGGCGGGCUCGCCGUCGGGUUCACCGCGCACCACCUCGUCUCCGACGGCCGCGCCACCAGCAACUUCUUCGUCGCGUGGAGCCAGGCCACCCGCGGGGUCCCAGUCGACCCGGUGCCCGUCCACGACCGCGCCUCCUUCUUCAAGCCCCGCGACCCGCCGCGGGUCGAGUUCGACCACCGCGGCGUCGAGUUCAAGAAGCCGGAGCCGGCGGCACCGCCGCUGCACGCGGAGGCCGGUAACAACGUCGACGACGAGGUGUUGGUACACAAAGCCCACUUCAGUCGGGAGUUCAUCGCUAGGCUCAAGUCCCAGGCGUCCCCGCCGGGCGGCCGGCCCUGCAGCACGCUGCGGUGCGUGGUGGCGCACCUGUGGCGGUGCAUCACGGCGGCGCGGGGGCUCGACGCCGCCGGCGCGGCCACCACCAGCGUCUGCAUCGCCGUCGACGGGCGCGCGCGGAUGAUCCAGCCGGUGCCGGACGGGUACACGGGCAACGUGGUGCUGUGGGCGCGCCCCACCGCGGCGGCGCGGGACCUGGUGGCGCGGCCGCUGCGGCACGCGGUGGAGCUCAUCAACCGGGAGCUCGCCCGGGUCGACGGGAGCUACUUCGGGUCCUUCGUCGACUUCGCGGCGUCAGGGGCGGUGGAAGCGGAGGGGCUGGUGCCGGCGGCCGACGCGGCGGAGAUGGUGCUGAGCCCCAACAUCGAGGUCGACAGCUGGCUGCGGAUCCCGUUCUAUGACCUCGACUUCGGCGGCGGCCGGCCGUGCUUCUUCAUGCCGAGCUACCUGCCGGUGGAGGGCCUCCUCAUCCUCCUGCCCUCCUGCUACGGGGACGGCAGCGUCGACGCCUACGUCCCGCUCUUCAGCCGCCACAUGGACGCCUUCAAGAGCUGCUGCUACUCCAUCGACCUCCACUAGCUAGUUGUUGGCGAUGCAUCUCUGCAUGCAUGCAUGCGCGCGUACUGGUACACGUGGAGUUGGAUUAAGUUGGUAUUAUAGAGCAAACUUAUUUUGUCCAUACAUGAGAUAAUUGUACCAGGAACCCCUACAAAAAGUUACUAGAGUUUCCAGUAAUGGAUGGCAAUAGGGUAGCUCUGUUUCCAAAUAAAAGACGCUUUGGUAAAUACAUAAACAUGUUUACUACUCCAAAAUGUAAUAUUUCUAAUGGUGGACACAUCAUUGUUAUGUUCUCAAUCUACAUUAUCAUUUAUGCAUAAUGAUUAAUAAAUUUUAAAAAAGUUUGAUCAAA